CUGAGUUGUCCCACAAAGAGCACUUUCUAGGUUUCUAACAUCAAACUUUGUAAUCUCCUUACAAGUCGCUAGAGAAGUACAAUAAUGAAUCAGAAGAAGAUAAGGAAUGGCGCAAAUAAUGUGGUCAGUGUUAACACCCACUCCGACCACAUCCUCUGUGGUUGCUCUUCAUCGCAAUCAAUGGAAUCAUAUUCUGCCUACCAAAUUCAGAACUUCCUGUUCCUUACGAGAUAUUGAUGUCGGGAAUCCAAAUUCCUCCACUCCUGUUUUUCAGCACGAUCAAUCCAAUGUAGAGGAGAGUAUUAAAGUUUUGAAGAAUGCUGCAAAAACAAGGAAGGUUGAUAAAGAAGAAAUUCUAUCAGCUCUUGCAGUGAUUGAGAAGACAAAACUUGACCCUUCGAAUUUUCUGGAAACACUCGGAGGAAAUAAAUCACCUGGCAGAACCUGGAUGCUUAUUUUUACAGCUGAGAAAAAACUGAAUGGUGGGCGAUAUUUUCCUUUAACAGCAGUCCAGAGAUUCGACGCAGAGGCAAAGAGGAUAGAAAAUGGUGUGUAUCUGGGGCCUUUAGGUAGUUUGAGUUUUGAAGGAAGAUUUUCAUGGAAGAACAGAGUACUGGCAUUCAUUUUCGAGUGCAUUCGUAUCAAAAUAGGACCAUUCAAUCCUAUACAGGUAAACCUAGGAAGUCCAGAUGAUAGGGAGCCAAACACCAAAGAUCCAUUCUUCAUAUGGUUCUAUAUUGAUGAGGAGAUAGCCGUGGCUCGUGGUAGAAGCGGAGGAACCGCAUUUUGGUGUCGUUGUCGGAGAGUAACAACUAAUCCUUAACUUUCUCCCUAGCCCAAGACGACAUUUGUUUGAUUCAAUUCUUGUCCUUUUGCUCGAGUUUCAAGCUAUAAAUGCUCUUUGAUAAAUAGUUUUCCAGACGUAUAUACUCUCUUCGUUCUAUUCAUUUUGCUAUCUUCUUGUUAAAAAGCUUUUACAUAGAAAGAAAAUGUAGCAAAAUAAAUGAAAUGAGGUAAUAAUGUAAUAUAGUUUAUUUGUAAAUUCUCAUUCUUGAUGCUAUUGGUGAUAACAAGAAUUGUUUGUUAGUUCAUACUAUGUACUAGAAGUACUUGUUAGUAAGGUUGUUAAUUACUUGUUCAUAUUCAAUAGUAAUAAUGUAUACUUAAAAGACUACUUCCUCUUUCGUAUUUU